CUUCCAGCUGGAAUCCAAAGCAAACGAUGGAGACAAAGCUUCUCUCUCUAUCUCUUUGAUUUCUGCAAUUUUUGGUGUCUCUUUUGGAUGAUUUUACUAAUCUGAAAGAAAAAAGAAAGUUAGAUCUUUUGGAUAAAUUUAGAGAUGAAAUCUUCGACCCGGCUUGACUCAGUUGCUUUUCAGCUCACUCCCACUCGAACCCGGUUUGAUCUGUUAGUAACAGCUAAUGGAAAAACUGAGAAAAUAGCUACAGGGUUGCUUGAUCCUUUUCUUCCUCAUUUAAAUACUGCAAAAGAUCAAUUAGCAAAAGGUGGCUACUCGAUUAUUCUCAAGCCUGAAGCUAGCGACAAUGCAGCUUGGUUCACUAAAGGAACAAUUGAAAGGUUUGUUCGAUUUGUGAGCACUCCGGAAGUCAUUGAACGUGUUUACACUUUAGAAACUGAGAUCAUACAGAUCAAGGAAGCUAUUGAUAUUCAGAACAACUCUGAAACGGCACUGACUGUUGUGGGAGGUAAUCAGAGAGAGAAAAAAGCAGAUAGUAUAGAAGGUAGCAGGCCUUUGCUACAUCUCAACGAGGAGAAAGCUAUUGUCCUUUACGAGCCUGACUCACAUCCAAAGCAAGCAAAUCGGUCUACUGCAUCAGACGAAAACUCUAGAGCUCAAGUCCUGAAAGUUCUAGAGACGCGAAAGAUAAUGUUGCAGAAAGAACAAGGAAUGGCCUUUGCACGUGCUGUGGCAGCUGGUUUUGAGGCUGAUGAUAUGAUCCCUCUAAUAUCUUUCGCCAAAACUUUUGGAGCCACUCGUUUGAUGGAUGCAUGUUUGAACUUCAUGGACUUGUGGAAGAAAAAGCAUGAAACUGGCCAGUGGGUUGAAAUUGCAGCAACAGAAGUAAUGCAAACGCAGCCAAAUAUCUGUGCAAUGAAUGAGUCAGGGAUUAUGUUUGCAAAUGCUGCUAAUAUGCCUGGGACACCUGAAAAUAGUGAUGCGAGGUCUCCUACAGAUAAUAAACCAAAUGGAAAUCAAGAUUAUGUGCAAGGACAGCAUCCUCAGCCGAUGUAUGCACCCUGGCCAGUUCACUCUCCGCCAGGUACCUUUCCUGUAUUUCAAGGAUAUACGAUGCAGGGCAUGCCGUAUUACCCGAACUAUCCAGGAGCUAGUCCAUAUCCAUCUCCUUAUCCGUCUACCGAUGAUUCUAGACGUAGUUCUGGCCAAAGAAAGGCUAGGAAACAUCAUUCAUCUUGUAGUGAUGAAUCUGAAUCUGAAGAUCAGGAAAGAGAAAAAGGGAAAUCAGGUAGGAGAAGGAAAUCAGGGAAGGUGGUGAUUCGGAAUAUAAAUUACAUUAAUUCAAAGAAACAAGAUCAUUCAGGAUCAGAAUCUGAUGCUGAUGACAAUCAUGAAGAAGGGGCAAGAGGAGAAUGUUACAAUAGUAAAGAAAGAGCAACAGAAGGAACAGAGGCUGACACUGGUGAUUGGCAAGCCUUUCAGACUUAUUUAUUGCAAGAUGCCGAUAGAGAUGAACGUACCAGUGACCAUAUGAUGGAAAAGGAGAUUGCAGGGAAGAAGAGGCAAGGAAAUGGGAAGUAUGAUCCUUUGGCAUAUGAUGAACGUGAAUCAGGAAAAUAUCAAGAAAGAGAUGCAUCUGAUAUUCGGAAUGGUAGUGUGACUCGUCGAAUCAGGGGAUCUAGUGACUCUUUCAUGGUUCACCAGAGAGAUAAUGGUUUUGAGAAUUCUUCUGAUCCUCUCAACCUGAAUGGAUUUGAUAAUCCAGGGAAUGGUCUUGAUAAGAGAUCAUCAUUUAACAUGGACGAUGACUCUUAUAUUGUUGCUCGGGGAUCUGCAGCGCUAGAUGAAGCUGGAAGACAUAAGAGAAAUGCUAUAUACAUCGGGUCAGAGAUCUCUCCGUGCCACCAAACUGAUGGAAAUGAAAGGAAACAGGUAAACUAUGAGCCUCAUGAUCUGAGCCUGAUACCAGAACGGGAAACAGAGAAGUUAUCAGCUGGGUAUGAUCCUGCACUAGAGUCUGGAUCCAAAAUUUUAAAGAAGAAUAACGAGGCAGCUGGAGGUGUUAAGAAGUCUGUGAAAGAUCCAAAAUCAAGACUUUCUAAAGAUGCUGCAGAUAAGAGGAAGGCUUCAGGGCCAAUACGGAAAGGACGACCUACAAAGAUGAGUCCUUUAGAUGAAGCAAGAGCACGUGCUGACAAGCUUAGAAGUUUCAAAGCUGACCUCCAGAAAAUGAAAAAGGAGAAGGAAGAGGAAGAGAGGAAGCGCAUCGAAGCUCUGAAAAUAGAAAGGCAAAAGCGGAUUGCUUCUAAAAGCAACUCUGCCGUAAGUCAGUCACAGUUACCUGCACAACAAACAAGAAAACCAAUGCUAAACAAGUUUUCUCCCGGCGCUCCUAGAGCCUCUAAGUUUAGUGACUCUGAACAAGGUUCACUAUCACCUCUCCAACGUCUUCCCAGAAGAACUGCUUCUUUAGGGUCAAAUGACUAUCAGAAAUUCCCCAAGAAUAAUAAACUGAGUACUGUAAGUAAGUCAACAGGAAAUAUGCUAACAAGGUCGAUACCACAGUUACCUCCAUCUAAAAAAGAAAGCAUAACAACAGGAACUAGGCUGACCAGGUCGAUUUCACCAUUACCUCUGUCUAAGAGAGAAACCAGAGUGAGUCUUGAUAGUCAGAACAAGUCGGUUUCAAGGACAAGACGGAUAUCAGAACCCAAAAUGGGUAGUAAUAGUGCACCAAGUGCUUCAGUGAGGGUACGACGCACAGUAGCAUCAAAAGAAGUGUCUGAUGCUCCUGAGAUAAAGAAACUAUCUGCCAUUGUUAACUAUGAUAUAGCAAAAAUCGCAUCUCUUCCGGAACUGAAGAUAAAACCAGCCAAAGGUCCUACAAAUGUUCUGGUAAAAGGGGUCGAGAAAUUUAAAUCUUCAUCUUCUGAUAUUGACCCAAAUGGUAAAAAGAACAAAUCCUUGGGACAAAAUGAUGUUGAUGAAACUCCAGAGAUUGAGAAGACAGUGGUGAUGGUGUUGCCAAGUUCAGCUCGAAGUAUAAGUAGAGAUCAGGUGAAACACGAGAAGUCUAUGGUAGUCUCUGAAAACUCCACCAUUCGUGAAGGAGUUGAUAAGGAAACCAUUGAGAGUGGCAACGAUCUAGUCUUGGUUAGACUGGAGACUCUGAGUGACUUAGUAACAGAAACACCAAAGUUUCUGACAAGUCAAAGUAUUGUUGCGAAACCAUAUGAAGCUCCACAUGCUCGGGUUUCUUCGUUAGAAGAUCCAUGUACAGUGUACUCGGACUGUUCCCAAGCACCCCCACCAAGCUUAUAUUCAAAUGAAACAGAGCAAGAAACCGUCAAAGUCCUUGUACCAGAGAAGAAGAUAAGUGAGGCAUCAGAGAAAUCUCAAACAAAAGAGUCAGCGUCAAAAGGGUUUCGAAAACUGUUGAAAUUCGGAAAAAAGAGUCAGUCUUCAUCUACAAGUGAGCACCAAACCGAGUCUAAUAAUGCAGCUAGCAACGAGGUUCAGGUACCAGCUGUAACUGCGACCACGACAAGUGAAGCUUUUACAUUGAAGAAUCUCAUAUCUCAAGAUGAAACACCUACAGCAGCAGCCGCUUCACAGAAAUCUUCUCGCCAUUUUUCAUUACUGUCUCCUUUCAAGAACAAGAAGGUGGUAUCUUGAGGACAAGAAAAUCAGAGAUCAUCUCCAUUAUACAGCUUUGCAAUCUUGUAGUGUAUAACUUGAGUAUUUAUAAAUGUAUCCAAUAUCGAGCCUCUUCUGCAACAAUGUCGGAAACAUUUGGUUCCAAAUGCAAUGAAAUGUGUUUUUGUUUUAGCA